GGGGCGGAGCAGGAACCGAGGCCCUGCCCCCUCGGCGUACAGGGUUGCGCUUCCGGGUCACCCGGCGGCGUAACUCAAACAAAGUACCAUCCCGAACUGGGCCCGCCCCCUGGAGGGGCUGUGACGUCACUUCCGCCUCCCUCUUUCCGCCGGCUGCCAGGCGUGAGCUGCGACGGGCUGGCUUCUGUGCCGAAUUCUUCGGAACCAUGGCAUCCCUUUCCCUUGCGCCUGUUAACAUCUUCAAGGCUGGAGCAGAUGAAGAGAGGGCAGAGACAGCUCGUCUGUCUUCGUUUAUUGGUGCCAUCGCCGUUGGAGACUUGGUAAAGAGCACCUUGGGACCCAAGGGCAUGGACAAAAUUCUUUUAAGCAGUGGACGAGAUGCUUCUCUGAUGGUAACCAAUGAUGGGGCCACUAUUCUAAAAAACAUUGGGAUUGACAAUCCAGCUGCUAAAGUUCUAGUUGAUAUGUCAAGAGUUCAAGAUGAUGAAGUUGGAGAUGGCACUACCUCUGUUACUGUUCUAGCAGCAGAAUUACUAAGGGAAGCCGAGUCUUUAAUUGCAAAAAAGCUUCAUCCACAGACCAUCAUUGCCGGUUGGAGAGAAGCCACAAAGGCUGCAAGAGAGGCUCUCUUGAGUUCUGCAGUAGAUCAUGGUUCUGAUGAAGCUAAGUUCCGUCAGGACCUGUUGAAUAUUGCAGGAACAACCUUAUCGUCAAAGCUUCUUACUCAUCACAAAGACCACUUUACCAAGUUAGCUGUAGAAGCUGUUCUCAGGCUGAAAGGUUCUGGUAAUCUGGAGGCGAUACAUGUCAUCAAGAAGCUGGGAGGGAGUCUAGCAGAUUCCUAUUUAGAUGAAGAGAAAAAAAUUGGAACCUCUUUGCCAUGGGUAGCUAAAACCUGGGAAAGCGAAACCAUGGAUCAGUUAAUAUUUAUGUUCACAGGUGGUGAAAUUGCCUCUACUUUUGAUCAUCCGGAACUGGUGAAGCUUGGAAGUUGCAAACUUAUUGAAGAAGUUAUGAUUGGAGAAGACAAACUGAUUCACUUUUCUGGGGUUGCCCUGGGUGAGGCGUGUACCAUUGUUCUGCGUGGCGCCACUCAACAAAUUCUAGAUGAAGCAGAAAGAUCGUUGCAUGAUGUGAUCAAUAUGAAGGAAGGUACCAUUGGCGACAUGGCACUGCUGGGCAUAACAGAAAGCUUCCAAGUGAAGCGGCAGGUUCUGCUGAGUGCAGCUGAGGCAGCAGAGGUGAUUCUACGUGUGGAUAACAUCAUCAAAGCAGCACCAAGGAAACGUGUCCCUGAUCACCACCCUUGUUAGGCGGCAUUCGCAUGUGCUGUUGAUAUCUGGACCACUUCAUAGCGAAAUUGCAUUUGAAAGACUUCAACUU